AAUUCACAGUUGUCAAACUUCUGCCAAUGUCAAAGGCAAGAGGAAAAAUCAAUACAAAUACAAAACAAACUACAAAUAUUUAACAUUUAGUUCUUACGGGCAAAUAUGCAUAGUAGUAUAACGUUUAAGUUUUAAAUAUAGUGGUUCAAAUGCUGUUUAAGUAUAAGUAAAAUAUAUAGACAUGGUGAUUAACGCACCAGAAUCGCCUAUACAGGCUGAAAUCAUAUUUGUAAUUGAAGCUACAUCAGCUAACAGCGCCUAUAUAACUGAACUACGAACAAAUUAUAUCAUUCCCACAUUAGAAUAUUUUCAUGGAGGUGCCAUAGAGGAAGGUGGUGGAUGUGGUUCAGUUUACGGGAUAGUUGCAUACAAAGCAGCAGAUUGUCACCCCAGUCUCCCUGUCACCACAUAUGGACCAUUUACAUGUCCAAAGAAUGUUAUUGAGGAAGUUGACAAAUUACACUACACUGGUGGUUGUGCGGAGAACCGUGCUUGUGUCACCGAAGCAUUAUCUACAGCAUUAUCUUGUUUAGAUGAUCUGGGACGCACUGAUCUUCCGAUGCACAUAUUACUGUUGUGUUGUUCACCUCCUUAUUCUGCAUAUGCCGGAGGUUUAGUACCACAGGGUGCUCCGGCAACAAUAGAACAAGCAGCGCGUUUAAUAAACGACCGCGGUGCCCACCUGUCGAUAGCCUCGGCUAAACGACUCCCCGCACUACUGGCUCUGUACGAACAUGCGGGUGGAGAGCUACACCAGGCACAGCAAAGGAAUUAUGCUAAGGACCCGCGGCACCUGGUGCUGAUGCGGGGCUACAGCCUGAAGGAGCGGCCGCCGAGCCCCGCGCCGCCGCCCGCGCCUGACGUACAGCCUGAUUUGUAUGGAGGGGCGCGCGCGGCCGCAGCGCCACCGCGCGGGCCCGCCGCGCCGCAGUUCCAGCGCGACAUCCGCGCGGCCGUGCGCCCCGGCUGGAUGGGCGUGCGGCAGCCGAUAUACGCCAACAACUCCGCACUGCUCACACAGCUGGCCCAGCCCUCGUAUCCCCCGCCUCCGCCCGCGCAUCCCGUACAGGGCCCCGUGCAGCGUAUGCCGGUUCUGCUGCAGCAGACGGCGGGACCUUCAGCAGGGAGUGCAGCACCGCCGCUGAAGAGGACCUACAUCUGGUCAGGUAUCCUCGAGUGGAUGGAGAAGGGGAAAACAUCCGGUGAUCAGCAGAAGGUCACCAAACAUCUGCCUUGCCAGGUAUCAGCAAACUCCAAGGAUGUGGAACCCGAGCUGAAGGUAGAAACAUGGCCGAGCAAGCUGCUGAUGCAAUUGAUGCCGAAGCAGCUCAUCAGUAACAUCGGAGGACAGUACUUGCGUGACAGCAAGUCAGUGCUGUUCCACUUGCAGCCGAAUGAGGCAGUUGACGCACUCACUAAAGUCAUGGUUAACGGAUAUGCGGGUUGUGUCCACUUUUCUCCGAUGUCGUCUCCCCCUCAGUGCGACAUCAAGGUGCUGAUCCUCCUCUACACUCCUGACAAGAAGGCCUACCUCGGCUUCAUACCUAACAACCAGGCCACCUUCGUUGAGAGAUUGAGGAAGGUGAUCCAACAGCAAAAGAUAACGCAAAUAAUAAAGCAAGGCCCCGCGGCUGCAGCCGGCGCGCUCCCCGCUGCAACUAUCGCCGGUGGUGCAGGCAUGCCCACGCCGGGUAUGUCAUCUAACAUGGGCGGGGCGCUGAGCAACGCGCUGAACGUGGUUGUUAUAUUUGUGCAGCCUCAGUACAGGCCGGCGGGGGGCGCGGCGAGGCCCCCCGCCCAGCCGCAGCAGUUCGAUGACGUCAGCAACUACAACGAUCUGUUCUGA